CAAUGGGAAAGCUUUCGCUUGAUCUUUUGUGAAGCUGUUUCUUCUGUUUCGUAUCCCAGAAAUCCAUAACAUUGCUCCCUUUUCCCUGCUCCAGGUUCUCUUCUGCACUCAGUUCGCUCCUCUUCUCUACUCAGGUCAAUUCUCGUCACAAUGUCUUUCUUCACACGACAGAUGUUUGGCCAGGUCCAGCGCCGGGCUUUCUCUGCUUCCAGCAGACAGGCCUCCAAGGUUGCUGUUCUCGGUGCUGCUGGUGGUAUCGGUCAACCCCUGUCGCUGUUGAUGAAGCUGAACCCCCGUGUCACUGAACUCGCUCUCUACGAUAUUAAGCUCGGUCCUGGUGUCGCCGCUGACAUCAGCCAUAUCAACACCAAGAGCACGGUCAAGGGCUACGACCCAACACCGUCAGGUCUCCGAGAAUGCUUGCAAGGCUCCGAGGUCAUCCUGAUUCCCGCUGGUGUUCCCAGAAAACCCGGCAUGACUCGUGACGAUCUCUUCAACACCAAUGCGUCGAUUGUCAGAGACCUUGCAAAGGCCGCUGCUGAUGCCGCACCCAAUGCCAACCUCCUGAUCAUCUCGAACCCUGUCAACUCUACCGUUCCCAUCUGUGCCGAAGUCUACAAGAGCAAAGGCGUCUACAACCCCAAGCGUCUGUUCGGUGUGACCACUCUUGACAUCGUUCGUGCCUCCCGAUUCGUCUCUGAGAUCAAGGGAACCGACCCUGCCAACGAGAACAUCCCUGUUAUCGGCGGUCACUCUGGUGUCACCAUUGUGCCCCUGCUCUCCCAAUCUGGUGCCUCAGACAUCACUGGCGCAAAGCUCGACGCAUUGAUCCAGCGCAUCCAGUUUGGCGGUGACGAAGUUGUCAAGGCCAAGGAUGGUGCCGGUUCCGCAACUCUUUCCAUGGCCAUGGCUGGUGCCCGAUUCGCCGAGAGUGUCCUGAAGGCUGCUCAAGGUGAGAAGGGCGUCGUCGAGUGCACUUUCGUCGACAGCCCCUUGUACAAGGACCAGGGUAUCGACUUCUUCUCCUCCAAGGUUGAGCUUGGCCCAGAUGGUGUUCAGAAGAUCCACCCCGUCGGUGCGAUCAGCAAGGAAGAGGAGAAGUUGCUCGAGGCCUGCCUCACUGACCUCAAGAAGAACAUCGACAAGGGCGUCGAGUUCGUCAAGGCCAACCCAUAAAUGACUUGAGUUCUGGAGCGAAGACGCAAGUCGUGUGUACCAAAAAUCAAGAUCUCACACCAGCAGACGAGGAAGAAUCUUGCCUCAAACUGGUAUUCUUGGUCGAUAGAAUAUUGACCCUGACAAUCGAAGCUUCUUCCUCGGUUUAA